CUUACCUGGCCCCAAGGGCACAGCAGCCGUAAUCCAGCCUCCAUCGACAAUUCCUUUAAAUCCCUUCUAGUCCUGAAUGCCAGAAUUGUUUUUGAUGAAAAUUAAUCUGGAGCAUAAUUGGGCAAAUGAGAUGUAGUGGUGUAUAAACAAAGAGUCUGGCUCCCUUUGUCUGAUGUUUGUCCUCAGAAGCUUGAAUAAGCAUUGCACAAAGCGUACUUGGAAAUGGUGUUGUAUGACUCAUCCUGGUUUCGGGUCUCCUAAUGCCCAGUUCAGUGGGGUGCAGCCCAACCCAAAGUCAGUUGUUGCUAUGGUAGACAAGUGGACACACUUGCUUGAAAGUGAGAAUGUGCCGGAACCCAGGGAGUCUGUCCAGCUCAUCAUAGCAAGUGUCCUUGGGCAUAAAAUGAUUCAUGAUGUUGCAAAGGAUCUUGUCCUUCACCAAGACCAGAUAGACAAAAUUGCUGAAAUGUGUAGAAAACGAUACGAAAGAAUGCCAGUGCAAUACAUCAUUGGGGAAUGGGACUUUCAUGAGCUUACCCUUAAAAUGAGGCCCCCAGUGUUCAUCCCGAGACCAGAGACCGAGGAACUUGCCCAUCUCGCUUACAAUGACAUCAAGAAAUACCAUGACACUUCAAAGCCUACAAGGAUUCUGGAGUUAGGCAGUGGCAGUGGGGCAAUAUCUGUUUACCUUCUUAACAAAUUACCUCAGGCAGAGGUCGUAGCAGUAGACAAGAGUAGAAUAGCAUGUGACUUGACUGAAGAGAAUGCUAUGUGUACAGGUGUACAUACACGACUCACCACUCUGACGAUGGACUACUCUAAACCUGAUUCCUGGCCGACUUUGAGGUCACAUGGUCUGUAUGACCUUGUCAUUGCCAAUCCGCCAUAUGUAAGGACUGAUGAGAUACAAAGUAUGGAAACUGAAUUGACUCAAUAUGAGGACCCACAUGCCUUUGAUGGUGGCAAGGAUGGACUAGAUUAUGUCAGAAUUAUACUGUCAAUGUCAGCACAAUUACUUAAGCCUGACAGUGCUCUAUGGCUUGAGGUAGGACUAGGACACUGUGAUAUUAUCAGGUCAGAGGUUGGUGAUCAGAUACAAGGGCUUCGCUUCUGUUCGGCAGUUGCAGACUUUACCAACAGAGAUCGUUUUUGUGUGCUGAGAACUUGACAUUCAAAACGGACACCAGAGCUUCCAAGGAACCAACUACUGAUCAUGUGUGAUGUAACUACAUCAUUACUACCAAUAUUGUGAUUUCAGUUCCUAGAUAUGACAGUAAUAUCCUUCAAGAUGUUGAAGCAAGAUAAAAAAGGAACCCUUCUGAAAUUGAUGGGUAUGCCUUAAACAAUAGAGAUAAAACCAAUUUAUGUGCAUUUCUACACAAGUCCAUAUAUUCAUAAUAUUCCAGAAUGGCAGGUGUAGGUAAGGCCAUGAAAAAAAUAAAACAUUUUGGGAGAAUGCCUGGUAGAACAAUCAUUAUGUGAUCACUGAGCAGGAUGAAGUUGCAAUGGUAAACAGAUUACAAACGGUUACAGUGUACAAACAUGAACAGUUUACAAACAGCAAACAUGGUACAAAAGGUGAACUGGUUACUAAUGGUUACAAGGUACAAACGAUUAACUGGUUACAAAUGGUAACAAGGUACAAAUGAUGAAGUGGUUACAAAUGGUAACAGGGUACAAACGAUGAACUGGUUACUAAUGGUUACAAGGUACAAACGAUUAACUGGUUACAAAUGGUAACAAGGUACAAAUGAUGAAGUGGUUACAGAUGGUAACAGGGUACAAACAGUGAACAGGUUACAAAUGGUUACAAGGUACUAACGAUGAACUGGUUACAAACGAUGAACUGGUUACUAACGAUGAACUGGUUACAAAUCAAUGGGUACAAAAUCUUAGAGGGUCAGAAAGAUGUAAAGGAGAAUUUGGCUCAAAUAACAUUAAUGAGCUGAUGUUACUAUCUGCCAAGGAUAAACAUGUAUGUUUGAACGGGA